GUUUGACUACAGAUGGCGCUGUCAACAAAGAUGGCGAACAUAACGAUACCGCUUUUUCGAGCUCCUGGAAAAUGUGAAAUAUUUAGCGGUUAAUGGAAUUGCACACUUUCAUUAUCUACAGCAAUCGAUGAUGAGUACAAAUGAUGAACAUACCGAGUGGCAUCUCUGGCUGAAAUUGGACCACUGACCAGGAUGGACAGUGAAGAGGAACAUGACCACUAUCACGACAAUGAUCAAGACCACGAUCAUGAUGGUGAGAGUACAGGGGCUGUUUCAUCCCUUACAGGUUUCCUGUUCGGGAACAUUGAUAAGAAAGGAGACUUGGAGGAGGAUUUCUUGGAUGAGGAAUCAAAGCGCCACCUUGGAUCCCUUAGUGCCCUGGGAGGAAUUGGGACCAUGGUUCGAGAGAUAACUGAGGAACAAGGGGCAGAUGAAGGAGGUGACCAGGACGAAUCCAGCUUAAACUAUGAAAAGAAGGUUGCAGGAGCUGUGGAUUAUUCGGACAUCACAGAGAUGGCAGAUGAUGGGUCGGAGAGAAUACGGGAGGCCAUGAGUAAUCUACACUCGCUCAAGUCAGAAAAUGAGGAGGAUGACUAUGAUGAAGAUGACAAUAAACUGAUGCCGCCACCCUCCUGGCUCCCAAACAAAUCGGGCAAGUCAGAUGGAGAAGGAGGGGAUACAGGUAGCCCAGCUAAGUCAGAGAAGGGAUCCCUGUCUGAUAGUCCGGAUAAGUCCAAGUUUAAGACUCCUUUGGCAGCCAUGUUACCCCCAGAGUUGGCCACAGUGGAGGUCACUACAUUGUUUCCAGAGUUUCAACAUGGAGAGGUCCUGAGAUUUUCCCGUCUGUUCAAGCCUGUUCAUACACCCCAUGUCUGGAGAAGGAAAAAGAAGAAAAAAUCAGAAGAUGAAGACCAAGAUGAAGCAGAAGUAAAGAAAAAAGAGGAGGAGAAGAAAAUGUCCCCAAUACAGAAGAUGAUAGCUCAUACUAAUGAAGAAAGAGAGCAGUCGGAGAGUCACAAGGCCGCUGAAGACUCACAGGCAGUUGAGGACAUGCAAGUAGACGAGGAGAGUGAGGAGGAUGACUUCAAAUUGAACCUGGGAAGACCAGCCCUGGCAGAGGAAUGCCUGUCAGAUGAUGAGGAGAAAAUGCUGAGAGCAGAGGAGGAAAAAUCUCUUAUUGACCAAACCAAAAAUCUGGGGGAGUCUGAACAAAGUCUGAAAAUAGAACCGUGGCGAUAUGGUCCAGCUCAAUACUGGUAUGACUUUAUGGGAGUGGAUGAACUUGGACGCGACUUUGACUAUGGCUUUAAACUCAAGUCGGAGAACACUGAAGCUGAAAUUUGUGCUAAUCCGAACCCGAAGAGGGUGGAAUUUUCGGAUGAGGUUUUCCUCAUGGUGACACAGCUACAGUGGGAGGAUGACAUUAUCUGGAAUGGAGAGGAUGUCAAACAUAAAGUGAUCGCCUCUCUCAAACAGAAGGCUCCUUCAGCUGGCUGGAUCCCCAGCACCUCCCAUCGCACCGCUACCCAGUUUACCACACAGGGUAAACCCAAUGACAUCCUCAGUGGCUUGACCCCCAAGGUGCCGAUCCUAAAUCCUGGAUAUUCGAAGACUAUACCUGGCAUGUCUCCCAUCAUAAAACAAGGAGAUGGUUCUGACUCCAAAGAGAAGAUCUACUCCAUUUUUCCAAUAGAAAACCAGGAACUCAUCUAUGGACGCUGGGAGGACAACAUUAUCUGGGAUGCAGAGAAUAUGACUAAGAUCCCUACGCCACAGGUCUUGUCUCUUGAUCCGAAUGAUGAAAACAUUAUACUGGAACUUCCUGAGGAUAAUGACCCUGAUGCUAAAUCUGUACCAGCCAAAAAGGAAAAGGAGAUUAAGAAGUCAAAGCUGUUACUUAACAAAGCUGGUAUAACCAAGGAGGAGGAGGAAGACGAGGAAAAGAAUGCACCCAACCUACAGGAGAAGGAUCCAUUCAAUAUAUCUAAUGAUGAAUACUACAGUCCAAAAACUAUGGAGAAUGCAGUGAAGGGCAACCUUGGGGGAAGUCUUAUACAGCACUCCACACCUAGUCUGGAGUUACGGCAGCCUUUCUUCCCUACUUAUAUGGGCAUUGGAAAGCUCCGCACCUUCCACAGAAAUACCCUGAAGAGAUACUCCCAUGGUGCCUUAUCCAUGCCUGGCCCACAUUCUGUAUUACCACUCCUCAAGCAGAUCAAGAGGAAGGCCAGGCUAAGAGAACAGGAGAGACAGGCCUAUGGAGGAGGCGAGAUUUUCUUUAUGAGGAAUGCUCAGGACCUGACUGGUAUGGACGGUGAGCUGAUUCUGGCUGAGUACUCCGAGGAGUAUCCACCGUUAGUCAUGCAAACCGGCAUGGCAACCAAAAUAAAGAACUACUAUAAAAGAAAACCAGGGAAGGAUGCCAGUCCACCUCAGUAUAAAUAUGGGGAGUUGGCCUACGCUCAUACGUCUCCCUUCCUCGGAACACUCAGUCCAGGACAGUGUGUCCAGGCUUUUGAAAACAACAUGUUUCGUGCAGCUGUGUUUGAACAUAAAGUACCAGAGACUGAUUUUGUAAUCAUCAGAAAACGAGACAAUUACUACAUCAGGGAAGUGGCCACGAUAUACUGUGUGGGACAGGAAGCCACACUAACAGAGGUGCCUGGCCCCAACUCCAAGCGUGCUAACAACUUCAUCAGGGACUUCCUACAGGUUUUCAUUUAUCGUCUGUUUUGGAAAAGCAAAGAUACACCAAAGAGGAUCAAAAUGGAUGAUAUCAAACACGCAUUUCCUUCUCAUUCUGAGAGCAGCAUAAGAAAGAGACUUAAAUUGUGUGCUGACUUCAAACGUACAGGUAUGGACUCUAACUGGUGGGUAUUGAAGCCAGACUUCCGCCUACCUACAGAGGACGAGAUGAGGGCUAUGGUGUCUCCAGAACAGUGCUGUGCCUACUACAGUAUGUUGGCUGCUGAACAGAGACUCAAGGAUGCUGGGUAUGGAGAGAGAUCGUUAUUCGCCCCAGAGGACGACAACGAGGAGGAAACACAAAUGAAGAUUGAAGAUGAGGUGAAGACUGCUCCAUGGAACACUACUCGUGCGUAUAUUGCUUCUCUCAAGGGUAAGUGUCUGCUGGACCUGACAGGUGUGGCCGACCCAACAGGUUGUGGAGAGGGAUUCUCUUAUGUCAAAGUUCCUAACAAACCACAGCCUAAGGAAGAAGGGCAGCAACAGACUCCACAGAAAAAGACCGUCACAGGAACAGACGCUGAUCUCCGUAAACUCUCCCUCAAGGAUGCUAAGCAGUUGCUGAGGAAAUUUGGACUACCAGACUCUGAGAUUCGCAAAUUGUCUAGAUGGGAGGUGAUAGAUGUUGUCAGAACCAUGUCUACAGAGCAGGCCAAAGCAGGACAGGAUGGUCAAGUGGGUAUGAGUAAGUUUGCAAGAGGGAACCGCUUCUCUGUAGCAGAGCAUCAGGAACGCUACAAAGAAGAGUGCCAAAGAAUUUUUGAUCUACAGAACAGGGUAUUAUCCUCGAAUGAGGUGUUGUCUACUGAUGACGAUUCAAGUUCUGGAAAUGAAUCCGACUUUGAAGAAAUGGGCAAGAAUCUUGAAAGUAUGCUGGUCAAUAAGAAAACCAGUUCACAGCUAAGUCAUGAGAGAGAAGAAGCAGAGAGACGGGAGCUACACAAGAUGAUGCUGAUGGGUGAGGAUAGUAAAGACAAGGGUAAACAGAAGGAGGAUGAUAUCAAUGCCGCUAACAUGGCUGGCCGAAAAUUAAAGAUCACAAGAACGUUUAGAAAUGAUGAAGGAAAGGAAUACACGAGGACAGAAUGGGUUUUGAAGCCAGCAGUGAUUGACACCUAUGUGAGGAUUCGGGAGAAAAAGGACCCUUCCUUCAUUAAAAAUUUUGCGGCUAUGGAUGAUUCUAUGAAGGAAGACAUGAGGAGGGAGAAAAGGAGACUACAGGAGAGACUCCGGAGGAUAAAGAGAAAUGAAGAGAGGGAAAAAUUUGCUCCACCCCCUAUAAAGAAAAAGAAAAAGCAAGAGCCACUUUCCAUCAAAGCCAGCAAGUUGAAGUGCGGUGCCUGUGGUCAGAUUGGUCACAUGCGGACGAAUAAGGAAUGUCCGAACUACAACAAGGUGGGCAAUGUGGCACCUGUCCAGGUCGCCAUGACACAGGAGGAGGAGGAAGAGGAGGAGAAGAAUCUCCUGGUUGACAAUGACCUUAUUAAUGUGGAGGGCACUAAAAUCAAGUUUUCUAAGAACCUUGUGGAACAUGCUGAACAAGUAAAGAGGAAGUCACUCCUACUGAAGUUCCCGAAGCAGGCGUUCAAACCAGAGAAAAAGAAACGUGUGGGAUCCGUCAUACAUUGUGACUACCUCAAGAAACCAAAGCAGACAUCAAACCGUCGACGUACUGAUCCUAUUGUUACACUGUCCACUGUGUUAGAAUGUGUCCUGAAUGAGAUGAGAGACCAACCUAAUGCACAGCCGUUCCUGUUCCCUGUCAGUACCAAAGAAGUACCAGACUACUACAAGGUGGUCAAAAUCCCCAUGGACCUCCAGACCAUCAGAGAGGGUCUCCGAAAUAAGAAGUACACGUCCAGGGAGACUUUUCUUAUUGAUGUUAACCAGAUUCUCGAGAACAGCAAGAUGUAUAAUGGUGCAAAAAGUGCUUUGACACUGACAGCCCAGCAGUUAUUGAACCUGUGUCUGAAGCGAUUUGCCGAGAAAGAGGACAAACUGAUGAGACUUGAGAAGGCUAUCAAUCCUCUGUUGGAUGACAAUGACCAAGUAGCCUUCACCUUCAUCCUGGAGAACAUUAUUGCUCAGAUGAAAGCAGUAGAAAAUUCCUGGCCAUUCCAUGCUCCUGUCAACAAGAAGUUUGUCAAGGAUUACUACGAAGUCAUUCCAAAUCCAAUGGACCUUGGAACACUCCUCAAGAGAGUCCAAGCUCACAAGUACCAGACAAGGGAAUAUUUCAUGGAUGAUGUUGAGCUUAUCCCAAUCAACUGCAGCAAGUACAAUGGCAAGGAUAGCCCUCUUACAGAAACAGCCUACAGAAUGGCAGAUGUCUGCAGGCAGGCUCUCUCACAGAAUGAGGAACACCUGAUCCAGCUCGAGGCUGACAUCCAUGCUGCUCAGGAGGCGGCUCUAGAGGCAGUGGAGACUGACAGUAUCAUGACAGGCACGUCCGCCAACCCUGAUGACUACAGCUUUUUGGGUAUGGACAAUGAGAGUAUGGAUGAAGGGAACAGUUUGGGGACAUCACGAGAGAACAUCACCAUAGCAGAGGACAACAGCAGUCCAUUAAAACGCUGGGCUGGAGACGACUCCGGCAUGUCUGGAGGGGCAGUGCCAGAGGAGUAUGACUCCGAGUUUGUAGAUGUGGAGGGAGAUGAGGAAGGCGAUAUAGAAGGAGAUGAGGAAAAUGCUGUUGACAUGAAUUUCAGUCAGCAGAGCAGUGAUCAGACAUCAGACCAGGUGAUGAACACCACAGGUGAAGUUGACGAGUCCCUAGCCCAGGACCUACAACUUACACCCGAAAACUCUGACAAUGAGGACCAAGUCUUAGGUAAGGCGAGUGACAGUGAGGAGGAGGGCGACACAAGCAUGGACAUGCAGACCUAUGAGGAUGGACGCCAAUACUAUGAUGGUACCGGUCAGUCCUACAUGGCCGCACCACCUCAGGACAUUGAUGAAAACAGUUUUGAUCCCUCCGACUUCUUUAUGCACAGUUCACUAGCCAGUGAAGCAGCAGCUCAACAUGUGAUGGAAAACAAAAAUGGCCAUGACAUUAACAUGGACCUACAGGUGUCUGAGUCUGAAGAAAGUGACGCAGAGCAGGAAGGAGCAGAGCAGGGAGAAGACCAGUCAAAUGAUGGCUUCGAUAUAGAUGAAUUCCUGCAGUGAUUCAACAAUAUGUGAUACAGACUACUACAUGGGUUAUAGUUUAAUUAAAUUUUGACUACUUUGCUCCAACCGGGCCAGUACAGAAGUUUUCUGUUUCAUAGUCUGUCUGGUGUUUGAUUUAGGGCAAGUUCUUACAGAGACAAAUCCGACACCCAAAUAAACCCUGGUGACAUCUGUACUGUUUUCGUUUAUCAUGGUACAAAUGUUUGGAUUGGUUUGACCAGAGUUGAUAAUGACAGAGGUAGUGAUUUAAUGUUGCUUUGAGAGGAGUCUUGACAAAGACUAUUAAAGGCCUGUAUUAACAUAUGCAGGUCGGUCAAGAUUUAUGCCUGAUUUGUUACAAUUAAAAAUAAAUAAACAGGUCUCAGGGCGUUAACAGCUGCUCAUAUAUUAGUGCUGGAGAACUUAUUAAGGUGAAGCUAUAGGUAUCUUUGUAUGUGAGGGUCCAUGGCUAUCACUAGUGUUUCUCAUUUAGAACAUUGAUCAAGUUGUCAUUUAUUUGAAAACUUUCUCAUUGAAUAUUAUUUAUUUUUAUCUGAAUGUUUUAUUUUGUUAUAACAACUUGGCAGUAAUGGUACAAGUGUCGGAGGCCAUGUGUUUAGUGAGUGGUAAUGUGUGUGUGCGUUAGAGAGAAUGAGUAUGAUAGUUUUUAUCAUUACUGUCCAAUUUAUUCUCAUACAUUUAUCCAUCUUUAUAUUUUGGACCAAUCAUGACAGAUUAUUGCUCCUGUGUCACUUCUUUCUUGAAAACUCUUUGAUGGGGUCAUGUCACUGUAGUCACGACUUCCCUCGUUAUGACAUCAUAAAGGAAAUCAUUGAAAAUGUAACUUAACGCUGAUGACAGCCUGCCUAGAAGAACAAUACAUUUUUUUUAAUGCAGCUAUAUCAUCCAGGACAUUGUAAUUCUUGUAUGUGUGCACAAGUAUGUGUAUGUAAAUGUGAGUGAUUUUCAUUGGUACACCUGUGUAUUUGUAUGCGUGUAUAGUACAUGUGAUGGAGUAUAUGUGUGUAUGAUGUGUAACUACACAUUAUAUGUUGGAAUGUAGAGCUUUACUGCUACAAAAUUAGAUGUUUGAAGACUAGAUGUUUGAAGACUAGAUGUUUUUGAAUGAGAUAUAGAAGGGAUGGUGCCAGGAACCUGGAUGAGGGGUUAGACUCAUCCAUAAACAAAUGUAUGGUGAUUGAAAGCAAAUGUGGAAGGAUUUAAUAAAAGCAAAAUUAAAUUUC